CAACUGUUCACCAAUAAAUACCCAUCACGGUCAACUGGUUUUAAAAGAUGGCCGCCCGAAGGAGACCACAGGAGAGAAGAGCACAGCAUCAGAGAAGUUACGAUGCUGCAUUUUGUUCCGAGCUGGACCGGAAGUACAUAUGUCCCGUCUGUCUGUCCGCUCUCCAUGAACCAAUGCAGACGUCUUGCGGUCAUCGGUUCUGUAAAUCUUGUAUUUUGGGAGUUAUCAACGAAAGAACCCACGCCAAAUGUCCAGUAGAUAAUGUGGUGUUUAAAUGCAACGAAGAGUUAUUUGAAGACAAAGCUUUUCAGAGAGAAGUUUUAUCACAGACAGUGAAAUGCGGAAACCACGAUAAAGGUUGUGCAUGGAUGGGGGAACUCAGGUCUUAUGAGGAGCACGAGAACACGUGUCUGUACAUCUGUGUGCCAUGUGACAACAGCUGCGGGAUCUCAGUCCCCCGACAUAACCUGACAGAACACGCCACAACCUGUGAACGACGCCCGGUCAACUGUCAGCACUGUAACUCACUGAUUCCCUUCACAGACCUCACGAAACACCAGGUUUUGGCCUGUCAGAAUUUGCCUGUCCAGUGUACCCUGUGUGGUCAGACAGGGAUCUGUAGGAAGGACAUAUCGGCUCACAUCGACAUUACCACCGGAGACUGUCCCCUUACUGUCAUCCCCUGUCAGUAUGCAUCCUUUGGCUGCCAGUUUCAGGACAAGAGGUGUAACAUGACUGACCAUUACCGGGACGCCGCAAACAACCACAUACUUCUACUGGUCAGAAAGGUGUCUGAUCAGGAGCAAAGGAUCUCAGCACUAGAAAGGAGUCUCCACGAAAUACAGCAGGAACAGGAAGAUCACCAUCACCCCACAUCAGAUUAAUGUCAUUCAUCAGGCCACAUCUAAUGUCAUCCAUCAUGUCACGUCUUAUGUUAUCCAUCAUACCUAAUCUGAUGUCAUCCAUAAUGCCACAUCAUAUGUAAUCCAUCAUGCCACAUCUUAUGUCAUCCAUCAUGCCACAUCUCAUGUCAUCAAUCAUGCCACAUCUGAUUGUCAUCCUUAAUGCCACAUCUUAUGUCAUCCAU